CGGGAGGGCGCGCGUGCGUAUCCUCGUAACUGCGAGCACGGCUACGUCUCAUGCGGCGGCACCGGCUUCCUUGGAGACUGCAGCCUCGGACACGUGCAUCUUCUUUCGUCCCCUUCCCUUCAUCCCCCCACCUUGGAAACGAAAGAAAUGACUAGCUGCUGAGAAACCUGGCCCUUGACUCGCCUGGGGCUUACCCAGGCACCUGUGCCUAAAGACGCUCCUUUUAGAGGUCUCCUUAAAAACUUCGCACCUGACUGCUCCAUCUAAUGAGUUUUAAAUUGGAAAAGGAAGAGCCGACUGCCGGCCUCUCUAAAAGUGUCAACUUCUUGCCUAAGAACUGGAAAGACUGACUAGUUUGAACAUGGAAAACCAAGAACCAGUGGAUUCUUCUGGAAAAACCAAACAGUUUACUAUUUCAGAGGAGUUAAUUGCAGAAGGAAAAUGGGUCAAGUUUGAAAAAACAACUUACAUGGAUCCUACUGGUAAAACGAGUGUACUGGGGAUGGGACCUUCAGUGCUUUUCCCAGCACUGUCUUCUUCAGUCCUUAGGACUAAUCUUAAGAGGCAGCAGAGAGAGCUAUACAAAAGAACUUGGGAAACUGUGAAACGUGCAACCAGGAAAGGACAGUCGGCUGAUGGUGUGAUGAUUAUCCCAGUACUGCAAAGAACUCUGCAUUAUGAAUGUAUCAUUCUGGUGAAACAGUUCCGUCCACCCAUGGGAAGCUACUGCCUGGAAUUCCCUGCAGGUCUCAUAGAUGAUAAUGAAAGCCCAGAAGCAGCUGCUCUGCGAGAGCUGGAAGAAGAAACUGGCUAUAAAGGUGAUGUUGCUGAAUGUUCUCCAGCUACAUGUAUGGAUCCAGGUUUGUCAAACUGUACCACACACAUUGUGACAGUAACCAUUAAUGGAGAUGAGGCUGAAAAUGUAAGACCCAAGCCAAAUCCAGGAGAUGGAGAAUUUGUGGAAGUAAUUUCCUUACCAAAGAAUGACCUGAUGAAGAGACUUGAAGCACUGGUAACUGAAGAACAUCUGACAGUGGAUGCUAGGGUCUAUUCCUAUGCUCUGGCGCUGAAACAUGCAAAUACCAAGCCAUUUGAAGUGCCCUUCCUGAAAUUUUGAGGCCAGAGGAGAGUAGCCAUGUUUUUGUUUUAUAAAUGAGGCCAUAAGGUCUCCUUCACUAAGACUUUGUAUUCAGCUAAGUUUGAUGGAAAUGUAAAAUUACCUUUUUCAUAAAAUAAGAACAACAAAAAAUGCA